UGACAGGUGGUGGUGUCGGCUAUGCGGUGAAAAUCUAAUCACUUCGAUGAAACCAAACAGAUCAGUUAGUAGAAAGAAUUAUGUCACUCCAGUUACAUCCCUACACAUUGUAUGAUACAAACACUAUCCGUUAUUGGGUCCACUAUGGCCUGGUCAUUCUUGGUGCUAUCCUAGCCAUUAUCACAGCAGUGGCCCAGUGGGUAAACCCGGCUCCCUAUGGAAAACAUGAGAGAAGGGAUCAGAACUGGGGUCCCCUGAUCCCCCAGAGGCUGGGACACAUUCUAUCAGAUGCUCUACCUGGGGUUGUGCUAUUUACACUGGUGUUUGUAUUUUAUGGAAUUGAUGACAAAACCUAUAUCAACUAUGUAUUCCUGGCUAUGUUUUUGUCACACUACAUACAUAGGGGUAUUAUACACCCUCUUGUGAUGCGAUAUAGAAAUUCUAAAGUAGCUUUAGGCAUAACGCUUGGUGGAUUUUUUCCGAACUGCCUCUACCAUUUUAUAAACGCUGACUUCAUAGGAUCAGCAGAGUUCUACACAAGUUAUUACUAUGACCCUCGUUUUAUACUUGGUAUUAUUAUUUUCUUUGCUGGGUAUAUCAUCAACAGAUGGGCGGAUCUAAAAUUACGUUCUUUACGGGAAACAAAAGAUUCUUCAAAUGAUCAAAACCAAAAGGCAGUCAAUUACGGUGCUUUAAGUCAUAGUCAAGAAGAAAAUAGUAACGAGAAACCUGGAUGUACCGGUUACUACAUACCAUACGGGGGAUUCUUUGAGUUAGUCACGUGUCCAAACUACUUUGGUGAACUGGUUGAAUGGAUUGGAUGGACAAUUGCUACAUGGUCAGCAGCAGGUCUGGUGUGGACCCUUUUUGCAGCAGCGACUUUUGUCCCCAGAGCUCGACAUAAUCAUGUGUGGUACAAGUCACAGUUUGAGUCCUAUCCACCAAACAGAAAAGCCUUAAUUCCAUUUCUUUUCUAGCAUUAUAUACAUAUCAAUUGCAUUCUUCAACUGUAUAUAUCUAAAUUCUAUCUUUUCUUCAUAACUUUUUUUAAUAUCAAUUUAAAAAUGUAUUUGUAAGAAAAAAAGUUAAGUAAACAAUUUUCGUGAAAACAUACAUGUACAUGUAAGCUGAAAUAUACAUGUAGUAUAAUGUUGAUAUUACUGCUGCUUCUAAUCAAUCUAGUCUUUUUAAAAAUCCAUAGCAUAACAUUACUGGAUGUUAUGACUUAGCUUUAAAUAUGGAAUAUUUAUUUGAUUUUUUGAGAUGUUUUUUGUUGAAAUUCAGUUAUAAUUUAUUUAUGAUGUGUAUAUGUAAAAAAAAUCCAUAUCCUUCAAAUUGGUGCUUUUAUGUCAGUUAAUGAAAAUAAACAUGACAUUAUCUGUUAAAUAUGGAAUGUAUCAUUAUUAUGAUAUUAAUCUGUCAUUAACGACUUUCAUAGAAAUCCAAAUAUUUAUGGCAUUUAUUUUAUUUCUAAGGGUACAUUUUAAUUUUUAAAAAAUGUUGUUUUUUUUUAAGAUCGUUUUAUCCUUCUGUUUGUUUUGCUUGUUGACAAAUAAUUUAUCAGAAUAAUCUUGAUUGGGAAUUCAUUUAUACAAAAUUAGGAAUAUUCUAUUCUAUUCUUUACGUGAUGUCCAAAACUAAUCAAUUUCAAUGAUGUCUAUAUAAGCCUGAUUUGUUUAUAUGUGCAUUGUUCACAUUUUUAAUUAUUUUUUUUUAUAGAAUAUAUUUAGAUUCUUUUUCUUCUUCAGAAAAUAGUCCACCAAACGAAAUAGAACAUUAUACAUUGUAUGUACAGUAAAACACACUUUAUACAGCAAAUAUGCUUAUAAUGAAUAUUGACGCUUAUGGUGAAGUGAUUUUAUUCCCCUUGGCUUUAAAAUAUAUUGUAAAUGGAUAUAACGAAUUACAUUUAUAACGAAUCAAAAUUGGUCAUCCCUGACACUUUGUUAUAAACAUGUUUUACUUUAAUGAGGAGAUUUGUUUAAAGCAUAUCAUAAAACAAAUACUAUAUUCAGUCAGACUCUGUUACUGGUGAUUUUCAAUGAACUAAUGACAAAAAUGAAAUUUUACAUAGUAUACUUUAUUAUAUAGUGUCAAGCAAUAGAUAAUACCUUUAAGCAGAAAUUGAUUUGACUAUGUACAUAAAAUACAUUUUUUUCCAGGAUCAGCCAUAUGUUCUUGAGUAAGUGAUAUCAUAAAGUAUUGUGAUAAAUAUGUUUAUUCAUUCUACACAAAUGACUUUUUAUUUUGGUAGGCAAAGUACAGAUAAAAAAUACCACACAGCACAAUCCCAAAACAUUGCACAACCACAAAACAUCACACAUCAUAAACCCCAGAACACCACACAUCACACAACCCCAGAACACCACACAUCACAAAACCACAAAACAUCACAAAUCACACAACUCCAGAACACCACACAACCACAAAACACCUCACAAUCUCAAAACAUCACACAACCACAAGCAUCAUACAUCACACAACCACAAAACACCUCACAAUCACAAAAAAAUUGCACAAUCACAAAAAAUCACACAAGCAUCACACAUCACACAACCACAAAACACCACACAACCACAAAACAUCACAAUCAGAAAACAUCACACAACCACAAAACAUCACACGUGCCUUGAACAAUCAAAGAGAUUUUGUCUUCAAAACAUAAGAAUGAAAUUUAAUAUUACAAGUCCUUGUGGCCUAAAAACACUUUUGAUUUUGAGGUGAAAAGGACAAGGACAGCAAGGGAUUUAACACACUUUGUCUGUGUGUACAACUUCUUUUCCAGGCACUAUCUCAAAAAACCUUUGAGCUUUUGCAAUGAGAUUUUAUAUCCUGACUUCCUACCUAUAGAAGAAACAUAUGGAUUUUGAUGUCAAGGGUGAAAGUCAGAAAUUCAUGCAUUGCAAAUAAUGUU